AUGUAUUUUCAAGUAGAAGUAAACAAGUAUAAGUUGAUAAAGUCAAAGGAUGAUGAACCAAACAUAAAUAAUAGUUUAAAAACGGUUAAUAAGAAACUACCAAAAAAUACAAAUUCUUUAGAAAUUAGUGAUUUUAAUGAUGUGUCAGCUGAGAACUAUAAAAAGUCUGAAGAAGAAGGUGUUGCUAAAAUUGAUAUGCCAAAACUCAUUGAAUUAAUUGAACCAUGUGCACCGCUUUGGAACUUCAAAUUGUCACUGAGUGAAGGAUCUGAUACGAUCAAGAGUAAUCUGUGGAAUAGUAUAUAUGUAAAUUUUAAUGGAAAAUAUUCAAUUCCUGCAUUAAAAAAAAGUUGGGAGUACUUAAAAGAAAAGUACACUAGGGAGAAAAAAAUUGCACCAUCUGGCAGUGCAUCUAUAAAAAGAGAGUGGCCUCAUUUAAAAAGUUUACAGUUUUUAGAUGACGUAGUAUUAUGUCAAAAGCGUCGAAAAAGGAGGUUCAAGGAGUUUCAAGACGAGGCGAGCAGUCGAAGCGGUGGAUUUAAAUUUCCAAAGGCGAGUCUAGCAGUCAAGGCGGCUAUAUUCAACUUCGGAGAUCCAGUACCGGCGCAACGGCUACACCACGUCAGCAGCUCCACGGAGAAGUGGGAUAAAGAACGAAUGUUAAUUAUGGAUGGUCAGAUGAAUGCGGAUAAAGAACGAAUGUUAAUUAUGGAUGGUCAGAUGAAUGCGGAUAAAAAUGUCGACGGCGAGACGCAGUACUCUACUGAUGAAGUGAAUCGUGUGAUCUUCGGCCAGAGUACUCGGAACACUCAGAGCCAUGUAAAGGAAGACGGGAACGCGAUUUUGAUGCAGACAUUACUCAAACAGAAUGAAUAA